AUGUUCUUCGUUUGGAACAAAGCUGAAAUGGGGAGAGUUAGACACCUUCCCAAGAAGGGAAAGAAAGCAUGCGACGAGUGCCGCCAGCAAAAGGCCAAAUGUGAUGUCUAUUUGGACCCGGAUCAGCCUUGUUACCGGUGCCGGAAACUCAAGAUUGCGUGCAUCGUAUCUGAUGGCUUCACGAGGGAGCACAAGCGUCAGCGCCUCGAGGGCCUGGAACGGGAGAGAGAGCAGUUGCGCCAACAACUGGAAGAUGCUCAACAGGCGAAUCCUCACUUUACACCCAUCGCCUUGCUGACGGCCGCGGCAGAGAUGGGAGUACCGAUUGAACCAAAACAAAAUGAUUCCUCCGUGGGUUGGCAGGAUCCACCGGCGCCCUAUCCGCAACGGCAUAAUGCACCGGUGAAUUCGUUAUCGAGCCCGAUAUUGGAAGGGCUUGAUGCCACAAUGUCUCGGACUUUGAAGGGCAUCACAGUGACUGGAAAGGAGAUUGAUGACCUUUAUCAACUGUUCUUCCAACAUUUUGCCCCGUUUUUGCCCAUCCUUGACCCCCAAACCAGGCCGAAUGCCUAUUACGCACAGUCGUCGUUCCUUUUCUGGGCCGUUAUCGGUGUCAGCAGUAGGUCCUACCCCCAGAAUCCAACACUGCAAACAGCGCUGGCCCAGCACGUCACCGAAAUGGCGUUCAUGUCAGUCCUAUCGACAUGUGCGCCGUGGCAUACAAUUCAGGGCAUGCUGCUCCUGUUGACAUGGCCGUUUCCCAAGGAGAAUCGCCCAGAUGUUACCUUCCCUUUGAGUGGGAUGCUGUUGCAUGUAGCGAUGCAGAAUGGCUUUCAUAUCCCAAUGUCCAGCCAUGAAUUUUCUAGGAUAAGUAUUCCGGCACCCUCGGAAUUGGAUAUGGUCCGACGCUCAGAGCUCUGGGCACAUUGUGUUCUUGUGUACCAACGGUCCUGUGUGAUCAAAGGUCAAUCUCCGCGGAACUUGGUCAACUUAGCCCAGGAUCCUACCCAACGUCAAGUACUGUUCGAUAAGAUUGCCCCAGGUCUUGCUUUGAAACUUCGAUGUCAGGAGCUUGUGACGAAAUGCAGCGAGGCAGUAUUGGAAAAUGGAGUCCGUGCUAUGACCCUUGACCAAGAGCGGUCUUUGGACAUCUUGCUUCGAAGCUACGAGAGCCAAGUAGAUGAACUGGAAUUGCAGACAGUGGCUGACGAUGAAACGUUUCACCUGCUUCUGUGCCGGAUGGCAAUCCAGAGUUUCCAUUUCUACAAGAGCCAAACGACCGUCUCCAGUGGAUGUCUUCCUCGCCUUAUUGUUACCGCUUGCAGUCUGAUAGACUACGUGCAGGCCCUGUGGGACCAAAUGGGGUUCCUUUCCAUGGCACCAGUUCAAAUCGGCUUUGGUGUGCUCCUUGCUUCAAUCUCGCUGCUUCGAAUACUCAAAAGCAACAUCGCCUGCAGUGUACUCGAGACCAGUCGUGCACGAACCUCCUUCUUUGCAACUAUCAAUCUGGCUAAACAAAUGUCAACAGACAGGACAGAUACAGCGGCGAAGACUAUCACCGUUGUGAAUCAGCUAUGGAAUAGUAGCAAGGCAUUCCGCAAAGCCGACGGUUCGGAAUACACCGCGCUUCGCAUCCGCAGCCGUUUGAUCCUUAGCCAGAUUCUAGAUGCUGUCUGGUGGUGGCGAGAUGAAUUCGAUCCUGGGGCUCGGGCCAAAGUGCGAGGCACAGACUCAUUUGAUGGUUGUUCUUCCCGAAAUUACGCGUGGCCUGCGGAUACAAGCCGCCCUGCCACGGUAUCUGAUCCUAAUCGUGAGCCUUUUGGAACUACAAUCCAGAAUUUGAGUGCCCCACAGGAGCAGUUCCAGAUGGAUGAAGACUUCUUUGCACACUUCGAGUGGGCACUCAGUGAUGAUGCGCUGUUAUCUCUGGAUAGCUGUUCGACUGAUUGGUCCAUGACCAACCAUCUGCCGUGA